AUGGGCAGCGAUGCAUGGAGGAUGGGUAUUGUGGAGGAAGAAGAGGAGAUUAGAAAAGGCCCCUGGACAUUAGAAGAAGAUACCAAGUUAAUUUCCUGUGUAAGAAAGUAUGGUGCGGCUCGUUGGAGUUCACUUGCCAAGAUGGCAGGUUUGAAGAGAGACGGAAAGAGUUGCAGGAUGAGAUGGCUCAACUAUCUGCGCCCAGAUCUUAAGCAUGGCACCAUUACUCCCGAAGAAGAUCGCUUAAUCAUUGAAUUGCAUAAUAAAUGGGGAAACAAGUGGUCUCGCAUUGCGGAGAAUAUACCAGGAAGAACAGAUAACGAGAUUAAAAAUCAUUGGAGAAGCCAUAUCAAGAAAAUGUCUCCAGAGCUAAUUCGGAGUUGUACCUGGCCACCAAAUUCCGAAACUCCACCACAAAUAAUGGAAGAAAGAGAGACUAAUGAGGCUUCUAGCAGCAAAAGCUUCGAGGAUCAGCAAAUGGCCGCAAUGAAGGAAUGCUAUUCAGAAUCUAAUGCCCGCACGUCAUUUGACCAGUUGAGAUGUGAUACUUGUGAGAUUCAUGAUGCUCAUCGAGAGUUAUUCACUUCUGAAGAAAUACAGCAAGAGUUCAUCAAGAAAUCGUCUGAUAUGGACCCUUUCAGCGGCAUGGUAGCUGACGAAUAUUCAGCAACUAUGGUCCAGCAUAGCCCAAUCUGCCGCUGUUCUUCUGUUACAGAGUCUCCAGUGAAUGUCAUGUCAGACGGUGAAGAGUUCUCGUGGGAUUAUAACUACAUCGCCUUGUGGAAUUUAGAUGAUGUCCCAAGUAUGCAUAAGUAA